GCGAUAAACAUGACAUUUAUAUUAAAGCUUACAAUCAUUACAUUAGUUCUGUUUGGGUUUGAUGAAGCUGCGCAAUUAGAGGAAGGGAACGCGUGUAUCAUUCAAUAUUUGAAGAACAAGCAAAGACUUUCGCAAGAUUUUCCAUAUGAUACUCAACCUGAUACGGUAAAAUGUCGAUUGGUUAUGCCAUUAAUUCUGAAGCAUUUAGAAACUGCAUUAAUUCAAAAGUUGUCAGAAAAAGAGGACAUAAAAGUAGAUUGUAUUAUGGCACAUCUAAAAAAUGUUAGUGCUUUAGAUUAUAUGUUAAUGAGAGAAAUAAUUCCAAUGUCAAGGAACUUGGAAAACUCAGAAAUUACCCAAAAGACACGAAAUACAACAAAAGCUCUCAGAAGAAUUUUAAUAAAUGGAGCAACUAAAUGUGGCAGUGAUAAAAGUUACAGUGGUUUAUUUGAUGAUAUUCUUGGCUUGCAAAAUAUGUCAAUAGCUGUUUUGCAACAUAAUUAUUGCUUCUCAAAGUAUGCAGUAGAAAACAAAUUAAUUGAAGUUAAGCAUAUUAACUUGAAUCCUCGAAGAAUUCCUACAACAAAUCUCAACUGCGAAGAGAUGAUUGAUAUUCAACAAAUCACUAAAGAAAGACAAUUGUUAAGCAAAUUAAAUGAUAAAAAACUUUCAAGAGAAGAAGUUCAAUGUAUAAUGGACAAAUACAGGAGUGAAAAGGCUUUUGACUCGAAUGUUGCGCUUGAGGUUGUUGAUUUUCUGCACAUUUCAUAUGAAGAAAAGCGCGCAAAUCGUGAAAGGAUUGCAAAUUCAUUGGAAAAAUAUAUAAAGUCUGUUUUCACUUGUAAAAAGUCAAUUCUGGAAUUGUUAAAUCAUAAUUCUCAAGAAUAUGUUAAAAUCAUGCAAUUUUGAAAUGCUCACACACUACACAUUACUCAAAUUAUGUCUCACAAAUCAGCAUCAUAAAUGUUUUUAUGUGCAAAUUGCCGUCGUAAUUUGUCACUUUAUAACUCAACAAUUCAAUUUAUAUAAUUUAGUUAAAUUACUAUUUAUCUACUAAAUCUACAAUCAAGGGAAUGUAGUAAAAGUUUUGCUUAAAUUUGCAAUAGUCGUAAAUAUGACGCGAGAGAGAAACUUUAUU